AGCCAUUUUGGCUCAGGGAGUCUCCUCGCUGGCCCAUUUGCGGUGCAGGCGGGCACUCCGGGCGGUGCGCAGCAGGGCGACAUGGGGGACGAGAGCGCGUCUCAGCCUCUCACGGACGAGGUCCUCUGUGAGUGCCUGUCGCAGAUAAAACAGUCGGCGGACGGCCGAUUUGCAUACGCCAGGUUGGACUGCUCCAACAAGGAGCUCACCGAUCUGGGCAGCAAGGUUGGGGACUACAAGCAGUUGCAGCACAUUGUGCUCUCGUCUAACAGGCUCACCGAGGUGACUGCGGUCACGAAGCUGCCUUACCUUCUGUCGCUGGAGAUUGACAGCAACGACAUCACAUCCUUGAAGUGCAUGCAGACGGCCGAACUGCCUUGGUGUCAGAAGCUGAACCUGUCCUCGAAUAAGCUUGACGCGGUAUUGCCACUGGCUACCCUGACCUCUCUCAGGUUCUUGAACUUGUCGGCGAAUGCCAUAACGUCUCUGGAGGGCUUCGGUGGUCAUCAGACUAUGGAGCAGCUCGAGCUCCAGGGAAACCAGCUAACCAAUCUCAAGGGCAUGGGCGAGCUGGGGAGCCUGAAGGCGCUGAACAUUUCCGGCAACCAGUUGACCUCGCUCGAGGGGCUGACCACACCGCGCCUGGAGAGCCUGGAUGCCAGCAGCAAUCAGCUGGCCAGCCUGGAGUAUGUAGGGGGGGCACCGCUGCUGACCGCCCUGAACCUCCAGGGGAAUCAGUUCGACGCGGAGGACCCUCAGCUUCCAGAGCUCAGGCGCCUGGGCACCGACACGCCGCGGCUUCAGUCGCUGCAGCUCUCGGGCACCCCGAUGGCGGACACGUGCGGCGACAACACGAAGGUCGAGGCGCUGGUGUGCGCCCCGUCGCUGCGCCAGGUCGACGACGAGGACGUCACCAGGGAGGACCGGGACGCGGCUAGGGACCGGGCCCAGGAGCUCGUGGAGAUGAAGCUGCAGAAGGAGAGGGAGGAGGCCGAGGCGCGCGAGCAGGCGGAGCGAGAGGCGGCGGAGGCGGCGGAGGCGGCGGCAGCAGAGGCGGCGGAGGCGGCGGAGGCAGCGGCGGCGGAGGCGGCGGAGCGCGAGGCGGCGGAGCGCGAGGCGGCGGCGGCGGAGGCGGGGGCGGCGGCCGCUGUCGAGGGCGGCGGCGAGGACGGCGAGGACGAGAGUUGAGCGGACGCUGAUCGCGCAGACCUGUCGCAGACCCGCCUUCCCAACAGAACAGCAAAAACAGAUGGCAAGCACGUUUCCCACGUCCGUCCGAGCGCGUCCGACAGGAUUCGGAGGGCC